AUGUGCGUGUCAAUAAUUGCGAGUGUUAUUAUACUGCUUGCUACCCCUCUUCCACCCGGACCAAAGGGCAAGCCUAUUGUGGGUAAUAUCGCGGAUUUGGCCAAACCAGGAGAGCAGGAGUGGAAACACUGGCUCAAAUUCAAAGAUGAAUAUGGCCCCAUCAGCUCAAUCACAGUCCUCGGACAGACCAUCGUCAUCAUCAAUGAAGCCCAAGCAGCUGUCGAUCUGCUGGAAAAGCGAUCCGGCACUCAUUCCUCGCGACCACGAAUGGUUUUUGCUGGAGAACUGGUCGGAUGGGUACGUGGGUUAGCGAUGCUGUCAUAUUCGGACCGCCUACGCGCAUAUCGCAAACUUCUCCACCGUGCUCUGGGCACAAAAGCGGCUGUUUCGCGAUAUUCCGCGCUGCAGGAUGUCGAAGUGCGACGGUUCCUGUUGAGGGUUAUGCGGAAACCGCAGGAUUUGGUGCAACAUAUACGGACUGAAACUGGGGCUGUUAUUUUGAAGAUUUCGUAUGGAUAUACCAUUGAGCCACAUGGGAAUGAUCCUCUGGUUGAUUUGGUCAAUCAAUCCAUGGACGAAUUCUCGUUUGCUGCUACCCCUGGGAAGUGGUUGGUGGAUUUCAUGCCGAUUCUGAAAUAUGUACCAUCAUGGUUCCCAGGAGCCGAGUUCAAAAGGAAAGCCAAGGCGUGGAACAAGAAUGUGCAAGGCACAAUCGAUGUCCCAUAUGCGUUUGUCCAAGAACAGAUGAAAAAGGGAAAGUACGAACCAUCCUAUCUGUCGAGCCUGCUUGAAGAUGGACUUCCAGCCAAGGACUCGGAAGAGGAGAUUGUGAUCAAGAACUCUGCCAUGUCGCUUUACGCUGGUGGUGCCGAUACGACAGUAUCAUCACUUGCAUGCUUCUUCCUGGCGAUGGCUCUAUACCCGGACGUUCAACGUAAAGCUCAGGAGGAAAUCGAACGUGUCGUUGGAACUGAUAGACUGCCUGUGCCAGAAGACCAGGACAAUCUGCCGUAUAUCAAUGCCAUCGUAAAAGAAGUCCUCCGGUGGCAUCCGGUUGCCCCCAUGGGACUGCCGCACACCUCGACUGCAGAUGAUACUUAUAGAGGAUACCACAUUCCGAAGGGAUCGAUGGUUCUCGUUAACAUUUGGGCAUUACUACACGAUCCAGCCGUCUAUCACGACCCGAUGGAUUUCAAACCAGAGCGAUUCCUCGGCAGCACACCUGAACCAGACCCACACAAUAUUUCCUUUGGAUAUGGCCGUCGUGUAUGUCCAGGUAAGUAUCUGGCUGAUGCGACUGUCUUCCUUACUAUUGCCAAGUCACUUGCCGCGUUUAUCAUCAGUAAGCCAGUGGAAUAUGGAAAGGAGGUCGACAUCACGCCGGAGUUUCUGCCGGGUGUUAUCAGUCAUCCGGCGCCGUUUAAUCUGAGUAUCAAGCCGAGGAGUGCAAAGCAUGAGGAGUUGGUCAAGUUGGUUGAGACGGAGCAUCCGUGGGAGGAGAGUCACGCAUCUUUAUUGAGCAUGUAAGCCUAUCAUAGUGACUGAAUGAAUGAAUGAGGAAGAAGCAAGCAACAAAUAUCCGAUCAUUCCAAAUGAUAGAGAAAGCCCACACCCCAGAUGUACGCAUAAUCUAAUCGCCUGCUGUACAUGGUAUUCAUUGGCACC